GAAGAAGCUUUACUAAACAGACCCUACUACCAGUAGCAUCUGAGCUAGCUAAAACUCCUAGCUUUCUACGUUUUCCAGGGAGAUUGAAGCGUCCAAAUACCACCAUGUCUUCAAGAACUCUGCCUCUGCUAUUCAUCAAUCUCGGCGGGGAAAUGCUGUACAUCCUGGACCAGCGGCUUCGCGCUCAGAAUAUCCCUGCUGACAAAGCUAAGAAAGUUAUGAAUGACAUCAUCAGCACCAUGUUCAACAAAAAGUUCCUAGACGAGCUUUUUAAGCCCCAGGAGCUCUACUCCAAAAAGGCCCUGCGGACUGUGUUCGACCGGCUCGCCCACGCCUCAAUAAUGAGACUCAAUCAAGCUAGCAUGGACAAGCUCUAUGACUUGAUGACCAUGGCUUUCAAGUACCAGGUGCUCCUCUGUCCCCGACCUAAGGACAUCCUCCUCGUCUCCUUCAACCACAUGGAUGCAAUCAAAGAGUUUGUGAAAGACAUUCCCUGCAUUCUCACCCAGGUUGAUGAGACGUACCAACAACUCAUACAGAUCUAUACAAACUUGUCCAGUGGGGAAUUCCAGCUGAUCAGACAAACUCUCCUUAUCUUCUUCCAAGACAUGCAUAUAAGAGUGUCUAUUUUCCUGAAGGAUAAAGUGCAGAACUCCAACGGUCGCUUUGUGCUUCCCACCAGUGGUCCUGUGCCUUAUGGAACACAAGUCCCUGGCUUGAUAAGGAUGUUUAGCUGUACCGGUAAAGAGGUGUCCAGGCUGCAGUUCAGUAAUGGAGGAAACUAUAAUGCUGCUAUCCGGGAGGGAUCAUUCGAGAUAUUUGGAGACAGGGUCACCAAACUAGGAACAAACAUGUACAGUGUAAGUCGCCCAGUGGAAACACUCAUAUCAGGAACGUCUACAAAUUCUGCUCAGCACGCAAAGGUCAACAUGGCUCCCAACCCUCUGGCCAAAGAGGAGCUGAAUCUGUUGGCCAGGUUAAUGGGAGGGUUAGAAGUUCAGAAACCAGGAAAUGCAGACAACGGCUUCAGAGUCAACCUCUUCGCCACAGAUGAGGAAGAAGAAGAGGCAUUUAUAUCAAGACCAGAUGAGCUUUUAUAUGGAGUCAUAAAGAUCCAAGCAACACAGGACCAGCAGGCCACUGCAGAGCUGGCCAAGAUCAUGGGGGAGUUUUCGGAGUCAGGAGAUCAAUCUCCCAUCGUCAGCAGCAAAGGAGACGACCUUCUGGCCAUGAUGGACGGGCUGUGACAUGGUCAUCCUGACAGCAAUGCUCAAGGGGUGAGGCUUAAUGCAUCGUCAACAGUCUUUACUGUGGACAAGCCUUCUGUCUGUACCUGCAUACUGUUUACACCUCACAUGCAGAGAGAAGACCUCCUUUUUGGGGUGUUUCUAAAAUGCAGAUGUCAUCAGGUGUUCCCAUUGGUCAUCAAAUGAUCAGCGCAUUUGCAUAGUAAACAACAAGGAAUGUGGUGAGCCAAGCUUUAAGCUGUAAAGCACUGUAUUAGUAUGGUUGUUGUUAACUGAAAACAUUUCUGUGCAUCAAGAUUUACAGUGGGCUAAUAUCAGCGUGUUAACAUGUGUACGUGGUUAUAGCAAAACAUGUGUCUAAUGUCAUGAUGCGUUUUAGAAAUCAGAGUCAGACUGCGCUGUUCAAAACACACAUUCCUUUCAUUUCAAGCAAUAUCAUUUAUUUUGAAUGUUAUCUCAGUUUUAGUUGAUUUGGGAGUUCUAAUGGGAAAACUAGGAUAUCAGGUAUUAUGUGAUGAUCGUGGGGUUAUCAGAGGAAACCCAAGUGCUCUUUCUAGUGUGAUUCAAUUCCCUCAAAUCUUUGUUUUCAUAAGAUAUAUUUUCAUGAAUCGCACUGUACUACCUUAAAACAGUCUGAGAGGAGCAACUUAACAUUUUACUACCCUGUCUCUCUAGUUGAGCCUGGAAAUGUGCUCAUUGAUGAGUACAUCAUUAUCAUAUAGAGUAAUACAAUAUAUGUAAUUAUCUAAUAUGUAAAUAUGUUUGUUGCAUACUUUAUUUAUUUGAAUGUAUAAUUUUCAGAAAAAUAGGAAAAUGCAUAUUACUACAGUUGAUAUAUUGUUGUAUGUGCGAUAUAUGUUUUUUAAUAAAAA